UUCACAAGUCCCUGCUGGAAAAGUGCCCUGCCUCUAGAUGUGUUGGAGUGAAUGAGAGAGCGAGUUAAGGCAGAGCCAGAGAGAGAGAGAGAGAGAGAGAGAGAGAGAGAGAGAGAGAGAGAGAGAGAGAGAGAAAGGGAGUGUGUGUACUGGGGAACAGGAGGGAGGCUGGACUGUGGAGAGUUUGAGGGAUCUUGAGGCAGAAGUGAUGAAGUGGAUCUAGUCUGAGUGCCAGUGGGGAGGACAGAUGUACCCAGAACCAGCCCUGCUCCUCAGCAAACACACAACAGACACACAGACACAGACCCUUCACACAUAUCAGGAACUCAGGACAACCUGUAGAUGACACCGCUGGAGGGCACUUCGCAGCCCAGAGAGUCCUCGUGCAUUUUUGAGGUUAUGAGUUUCAGCACCUGGUCGCAAUCAGGGCUCUCGACAAGUCUCCGCGGAGGCUCCACAAGUGUUUCCCGGUGAUGGACACCCUCUGAAGAUACGUCUGGAGUCGAAGAGUGGCAGACAAGGAGGCAGUGCGAGAAGUGAAAGUGCGAUGGCUCUAUUCACAAGAGCAUCUCAAUCCAACCUGACAGAGCAGCAGGGGAUUUAAGUGGAAGAGAGAAGGAAACAAAGAAACGAAAAAGAAAAAAAAAAGCCUGGGACAAUUUUCUGCAAUCACAGCACGUACUGAGACACGAGGCAUAUCCACGCUUCAUCAUGAAGCUCCCUCUCUUGGUCCUGCUGGCGGCGUCCCUAGCUCCUGGACCUGGGCCUGCUGUUCAGGGAGAAGCCCAGGAGAUUGAGAGCCAUGACGACACCCUGGAACCAGAGUUCAUGUAUGCCGCGCGUCCCAAACGCGCCGCGGAGGCGCCCAUUCCCGUCGCCGCCGCCUCUCAGACGGACAAGUGCUCCUACACGUUCAUCGUCCCCCAGCAGAAGGCCACGGGGGCCAUCUGCGUCAACUCCAGGUCGCCGGAGGGCCAGGCAGAGACGCGCGUCAACAAGCAGGAGCUGGAGGUGGUCAACAGCGAGCUGCACAAGCAGCGGCGGCAGAUCGAGUCGCUGCAGCAGCUGGUGGAGGUGGACGGCGGCGUGGUCAACGAGGUCAAGCUGCUGCGCAAGGAGAGCCGCAACAUGAACGCGCGCGUCACGCAGCUCUACAUGCAGCUGCUGCACGAGAUCAUCCGCAAGCGCGACAACGCGCUGGAGGUGGCCCAGUUGGAGAACCGCGUGCUCAACCACACCGCCGAGAUGCAGCAGCUGGUGUCGCGCUACCGCGACCUGGAGCACAAGUACCAGCACCUGGCCUCGCUCGCCAGCAACCAGAGCGCCGCCAUCGUGCAGCUGGAGGAGCACUGCCGGGCGGACGACGCCGGGAGGGAGCGGCGGAGAGGCCGCUGCGGCUGGCAGCAGCCGCAGCCACUGCCGCCACAGCAGCAGCAGCCGCCCGCGAUGCCCCAGCAUCCUCCUCAGCGACCGCAGCAUCCCAUGACUCCAGUCAGGGCGUACCACCCACCCACUUACACGCGCAAUAGCAACAACCAGAUAACCAAUGAGAUACAGAGCGACCAGAACUCCAAGGCCUUGCUGCAACCGCUGCCCACAAUGGCGUAUGGAGCCCAGAGCUCGUCCAGCACAGAUAAACCUUCUGGACCUUUCAAGGACUGUCUGCAUGCUCUGGAGGAAGGCCACGCCACCAGUGGCAUGUACCUGGUGAAGCCGGAGAACGCUAACCGGCUGAUGCAGGUGUGGUGUGACCAGAGGCACGACCCAGGCGGCUGGACGGUCAUCCAGAGACGCCUAGAUGGAUCAGUCAACUUCUUCAGAAACUGGGAGACAUAUAAGCAAGGCUUUGGAAACAUUGAUGGUGAGUACUGGCUAGGUCUGGAGCACAUCUACUGGUUGACCAACCAGGGCAACUACAAGCUGCUGGUGACCCUGGAGGACUGGUCGGGCAGGAAGACGUUUGCCGAGUAUGCCAGUUUCCGCCUCGAGCCCGAGACAGAGUUCUACAAGCUAAGGGUGGGCCGUUACCAUGGUAAUGCCGGGGACUCCCUGACCUGGCACAAUGGGAAACAGUUUACCACCCUGGACAGAGAUCACGACAUGUACACAGGUAACUGCGCCCACUACCAGAAGGGAGGGUGGUGGUAUAAUGCCUGUGCCCAUUCCAACCUUAAUGGCGUGUGGUACAGGGGAGGGCACUAUCGCAGUCGCUACCAGGAUGGCGUAUACUGGGCUGAGUUCCGUGGUGGGGCCUACUCCUUGAAGAAGGUCACCAUGAUGAUUCGGCCGAACCCAAACACGUACCAUUAGAACCAUCCCCGCCAAAUGACUGCAGUUACAGCACAAACAGAAGUGGUUCAGAAUAUACACAAUGAGUUUUUUUUUUCUCCCCCAUCUCAGAAAAAUAAGUGCAAUUAAACUAAGUUAAAUGUUGUUUAUUUCUUGUUGUUUUUUUUUUUUUUUUUAAUUUUGGUUAUUGCUUUCAUCAAUAUGCAUUCAUACACAAGUAUAACACAAUGGUACAGCAUAAACUUAUGAAAAUUACAGAGCUCUUUCCAGAGGCCUCCGUUGGGACUGGACACUCCAAGGCUGCUCAGGAGACACAGGGACUCGUGGAGCUCCGGUCAUACGGGGCCAGUUUUUUUCUAUUCAUUUUCUUUUAAAAAAAAAAAAAAAUCUGGACUAUUGGACGGGUGAGCCCCCACAGUCAGCUUGAAUGGGCAGAGCAGACAAAGCAGUGGAAACCGGACAUGGAGUAAGGCCUAGCCUCGUCUGUCAGCCAUCAGCCUUUUUGCGAGCUGCCCCACCGAGAAACGCAGUUUCCACAUGUGGUGAUGAAGGCAUGACAGGGGGAGAGCCACUGGUUUCCUGUGAGGGGGGAAAGAGCCCUGUGGGCCACCUCACUCUGAACCAAGACCAGCGCACACUGCUAUGAGACUAUGACCAGGUGGGGGAAAGAAGGCAUCGGAAAAUGCUUCACAAUUUGUUGUUGUUUAUUUGUUCUAGUCCACAGCACAAUCUGUGCAGAGAAAAUUAAUGUGAUGUGCUGUACGUGAUGUAGUAUGUUUAUAUGUGAUGCAAUGCCCUGAAUAUGUCACGACACAGACACAGUUACUCAAAUCCCCACCAUGGUGCUGCAGUUUCAUGUUCUCCGUCGAACCAACUCUGACCCACUAGCAUACAUUCAUGUGGGAUAUGCCAACGAUUGAGAUCAGCCGUUACAAUGCUCCUUAUGAUUUACUUCAAGAAGACUUAUUGGCUUCAUGCCUUCUCAAGAUUAAAGGAAGUUUGUCAUUAGUCAUUCAAUUCAACAUGUUGAACUGGAUAAGUAAAAGUGAGUUUAAGUAAUAAAGACAGAAUGUAAUGAA